CUGUGCUUAGCUCUCAUUUGAGGAUUUUGCGGGUUAGCCAGAAAAUGAAACUGUUCCUCCACAAUGGCUGUUUAAGGCUAUUUCGCUAGUUUAGCAGCAGCUACACCCAUUCUUUAAUACGAUUAGCGGGCACCGCGGGGUCACUCGGCUCCUGUCAGAUAAUACUCACCUACAUGUGUUGCUCGGUGUCGGGAUUUGUUUUGCUACAUAGCUCGUUAGCUGUCGGCUAGUCAGCUAGCUAGCUAGCAGGCUCUGUCGCCGCUACGAGUGCUAACUAAAAAAACAUAACUGCCAAGUCGGAAUAACGUCCGGCUGCUAGCGUAAAUCAGAUGACUACCAAGCAGUUCAUUUUCCGGGACUCAUGACCGUUCCUCUGUCACAAUGUACCUGCGGUCAGUUUCCCCAAGUAACGGAACAAGCCCCCUUGGAGUAGUUAAUAUUAACUGUGGGCUAGCUAACCUGAGUUAGCCGGGAACCAGCUCACCGUGUCCAGCGUCAACAUUAGAAGCAGCUGACAGUGUGAGGUACGGCGUUGAGGCAGCUAACUGGACAAGCUAGGAUACCGUUUUCUAGCAUCAACUGUUAGCGACUGGAGAACUUUUCUAGCGACCAUGGCUAACGUUACAGACCUGCAAACUAAGUACAGCAAGCUGGCACAGGAGUAUUCAAAGCUCCGUGCUCAGAACCAGGUGUUGAAGAAGGCAGUUGUGGAUGAACAGGCCAACUCUGCUUCACUAAAGGAGCAGCUGAAGCAGAGGGACCAGAGCCUGAGGAAGCAGGAGCAGGAGAUGGACAGUCUCAGCUUCAGGAACCAACAGCUGGCCAAGAGGGUGGAGCUGCUACAAGAGGAGCUUGCUGUUAGUGAAGCCAAGGGCAAAAAGGGGAAGAGCAAAGGAGACUCUCCCUCGCAGCAUGGUUUACAGACUCAGAGUGUUUUUGAUGAGGACCUGCAGAAAAAGAUAGAAGAAAAUGAGCGACUUCAUAUCCAAUUCUAUGAAGCAGAUGAGCAGCACAGGAGGCAGGAGGCUGAGCUGAAGGCACGACUAGAGGAGCUGGAGAAAGAUGCCGAGCAGCAUCAGACAGCUGUGGACUUACUCACCACAAAGUAUGUGGAAACAAUUGAGCGGCUGCAGAGUGACAAAGCACGUUUAGAGGUGAAAUCACAAACUCUGGAGAGGGAAGCGAAAGAGUGUAGGAUGCGAACAGAAGAAUGUCAGCAGCAGUUGAGGCGGUGCCAGUCAGAGCUGAACAGACAGGUGAAACAAAGCAGCAGUGUUAUCCAGGAGAAAGUGCCCUUCAAUGACACCAAAUUUAGUGACUACAACAGCCUAAAUGUGCCAUCACACAAUCGAAGGCACCAGCUUAAGGCGCGUGAUGUGGCAGGACAGGCUCUGAGCUUUAUUCAGGACCUGGUGGCUGCUCUGUUGAACUUCCAUUCCUAUACAGAGCAGAGAGUACACAUCUAUCCCUUGGACUCCUCCAUUGAGCCCAUCUCUCCUCUCAACCAGAAGUUUUCACAGUAUCUUCAUGAGAAUGCAGCCUAUGUGCGCCCCCUGGAGGACAGCUUUCUGCAGUUAUACCAAAGCAUCACAGAGGACACUGUCACAGUACUGGAGACUGUGGUCAAGCUGAAGAGUUUUGCUGAUAAUUUCUCCACGUACACACACUUUCUGCAAAAGAUUCUUCCCUACCAGCUGAAAAGCCUGGAAGAAGAGUGUGAGGCACCUCUUUGUACUACUGCCCUCACUGCGAAAAACAAGGAGUUGCAGAGUGACACGAAGAAAGUAACAUCUGUGUUUGAGAAACUGCAGAACUACAUUAACCUUUUGGCCUUACCCAGUGUUCGGCAGGAUGCCAUGCCACAGAGCAGCACCUCGGCUGUCUUCACCCAGCUGGCUGCCUGCCUACACAGUCUUCAUGAUGCCAUUAAAGAGAUGUCAAAGCAUUACAACCAGAAGGCUGGCAUUGAGCAGGAGCUCCCUACCGUCACCCAAAAGCUCUGUACCACCACAGAGUGCCUCCUGGGAUCUUUGGGUUCGCUGACCAGCAGCACCGGCAAGAUUGCCACUUUCUUCAGCAACAACUUGGACUUCUUCACAUCAUCAGGCUACAAUCCAAGAGGGUGUACAGUAGCACUCAAUCCCUUGCAAGCAGAGAGUAUGCUAGCCAACAAAAAGAAAGCAGCCAUCUAUAUCAAUGCUAUCAAAAAGGCCAGGCCACAGUCUGUUCCAUACAGAGAAGCCCUGUCAAACCGUCGUAUUCUUACCAGCUCCACUGAGAGCAGAGAGGGUCUUACGCAGCAGGUGCAGCAGAGCCAGGAGAAGAUCGCUCGGCUGGAGCAGGAGAAAGAGCACUGGCUCCUGGAGGCCCAGCUGGGGAAGGUGCGGUUGGAAAAGGAAAACCAGCGCAUUGCGGACCUGGAAGCGCAACUCGCAGCAGCUUUAGGAGGAAGUCCAAACUCUCAAACAGCUGCAGCCAGCACACUCGCACAGAGCCAAGAGGAAGCAGAGACAGAGCUGAGAGCCACAGGGAAAGAGACGACACUGUGCACCAGCCUGGUUGGCAUGUUGUGCACAACACCUACAGUUGAACAUGUGGGAGACGAGGAGUCCAGGGAGCAGCUGAUAAAGACUCACUACAUGGCCAGAGUGGGAGAGCUCACCACUCAGCUCCAGAUUUCUGAUAGCAAAGCUGUGCACUUUCACUCUGAGUGUCGAGCUUUGGCGAAGAGAUUAACCAUUGCAGAAAAAUCACGGGAGACUCUGAGUGAUGAUGUCAAAAUGGCUAAUCAAAACAUCACACGCUUGCAGGAUGAGCUGGCUACGACAAAGAGGAGCUAUGAAGACCAGCUUAGCAUGAUGAGCGACCAUCUGUGUAGUAUGAAUGAGACUUUGAGCAAGCAGAGAGAGGAAAUCGACACACUCAAACUGGGCAGCAAGGGAAAUGCCAAAAAGAACAAAGGUCGCUAGAGCUGUCUUUAAAACUCUGGCUCCAUUUGGCAUCACAAAGGGCACCUUGGGGGAAGAUCUGUACUGUGGAGCCUCCCAGCAGCGUCGUGGUACCAACACUGUCACCAAACCUCGGGAUGAUUACAUGAGCCUCACAUUCUUCCACUGCAAUGCAGUAUCAAUACAAAUGAACUGUUUGGAGGCUUAAACAUGUUUGACUGAAAAAGCUUUGUUUUUCCCUUUUCUUUGUCACAGCACCAGUUAAAACAUAACGUGAUUUGCUUAAAAAAUACUUUCUGAAACUGUAUCGGAGCUCGGCCUUUGGGUCAAAACACAGCUGGAGAGAAACAGCUUUUCCCGAAAAAAAAGGGGGGAGGGAGGAGGAAAAUACCCAGCUGAAAGAGUUGAAGUUGGUAACGCUCACUGAAGUCAAGACUUGAAGACCAAACCCUGUUAAUCAAUGUGUGUAGUUUUCCUGCUUAUUGUAUGUGUGGGAGAAAAUGAAGCUGUGCAUUCUUACUGCUUAUCUGUGGGAGUAGGCAAGCAGAGUAAAUGUUGGUGUGGCUGUAUGUGUGCAGAGUGUUGUCUCAUUGUGUGACUAUGUUGGUGUGGCUGUAUGUGUGCAGAGUGUUGUCUCAUUGUGUGACUAUGGCACCAGGUUUUACAAAAUGAGUAUUGUUUUACAAUUAAAUUGUUUUAGAUCCAAUUUGGGAUUAUUAAAGCAAUUUGUUCCAAGGACAAGUAUGUCUAAUUACAGCAAAAUGCCCCUUCUAACCCAUGCAUAUACCACAAGCUUCUGAAAAGGAGGGCUUUUAAAAUCUGACUGAACAACUGACAAAGAUGCACUUGAAUCCAUUCCUCAGUUUGGAAAAAGUUUCAGUCCCCUGGGAGUAGAGAAAAGAAAGGAAAAGAUGUCUGCCUUCAAGCACUGAUUAACUGUGUUUACCUUGAUGGAAAUGGAUGGACAAGUUGGAGCUCGUGAAAUGGUGUCAGUCUGUCUCUGUAAAGUUACUCCGUAACACUAGUCAUUUUUAUCACCAAAGUAAGUGUGGAUGUGCACUCAGAAGCCUAGGGUGGCUCAACAGUCUAAAUUAAUGUUAUAUGUAUGGAUGAAAAGGGUUAAUGUGAAUAUACAUUCAUUUCAAAUCAUGAUGUAAUUGUACUGUAUAAUUUCUAAAAAAAAAAAUACAUAUAUAUACAAAAAACAUUUAUUCAGAAGUUACAAAUCUUUAUUUUACACAGAUUUUGAAAACUAACUGCAUUAGUUUUUUGUGUGUCUCCUAUAAGGCUGGAUAACUGCGAAGUGUCAAAAAGGGAUUGGCCCACACUAACUGGUGCUUAGACAAUUUGUGAGUCAUUGCAGAGGGCAGUUAAAGUUUACAGUAAAAUAGAACCUCGCUGGCUUGUAGUGACAUGAGGUAAACGACAUUUAAAAAAGAAAAACCCAGCAGUGCUCAUGAGCAGUUCAUUGAAACCUCUUGUUUGCCAGUCUACAGCUGCCAGCAGACCUUUGAUCACAAGGAUUUGCCCACGCCCUCGAAAAUGAUACAAAAAAAGGAGAACAAAACUUGUAUUCUCACAAUGUAACCUGUUGAAAAGCACAUAUAGAUAUGUGAAACAAAAUAAAGAGCUUGCUCAAAAUUGAAA